AUGGCUGUCACGAAGAAAGCCAAGUCCAUCGCCGAGAAGCUCGUCCCCAUCUCGCCGGAAUUCUACGACUCGCAGAAGGAUGAGGACCUUAUCGCGGACAAGAAAGUCCUGUUCCCGUUCAACGCGUUCCUCCUUUUCUCGCAGUGGGUCGCGUUCAUCAUUUUGAUGGUGUGGUACGCCUCGUCCGCCAACUACACUCGGGACUUCACACUGCAGACCGACUGGGACUACGGGCGCGGGACGUACAACUGCACCCCCAUGAUGGUCGAUGAAUACUGGGGAAAUAAGUUCAACUUCGACACGUGCCAGGAACUGGCGCGCCCGCCCAAAAUUUCGACCCCGCCCAACAACGCUACUGACUCCGUCAUCUGGGUCGAAGAUGCUCAGGCUUGGAAGUACGUACCCUUCGCCUUCAUGCCGGACAAACCCGCGAUCAUGCAUCCCGACACAUGGAAACCGUCUGGCGGCAUUUACAAAGGCAACCCCGAGGCACUCACGGCGAGGAAGGCCUUCAGCGAAGAGCUGAAGACGAAAAACACGUGCAAGUCCGAUGGCCGUUAUGCUACGUCCGAUGCUCAGGCCACUCUCGGGGAUUCUGGUUAUACCAACUGUCCCAGCGAUGAGCAAACCGCAGAUGGAUCGUGCAUUUGGUACAUCAAGAAAGACUCGACCUGGACGCCACCCUCCGGCUCUGGUGGCUCUGGUGGCUCUGGUGGCUCUGGUGGCUCUGGUGGCUCUGGUGGCUCUGGUGGCUCUGGUCACUCUGGUCGCAAACUUCUCGCCGCAUGCGAGGUCACCCAAGCCGAAGCCUUGGACAUGUUCAAGCUCUUCUACGACAAGACCUACAUGUGCCAGAACUUCAAGAAUAACGUGCCGUUUGCUUGCGAGGCAAUGCUUCCGAUUCCCAUCAGCCAGGUAUUCUCCCUCGCCUACGCCAACUCCCUUCUGCUGUACACCGUGUUCAGCGCAAUCUGCGUCAAGAUCUUCUUCGCCGCCAAGAAGGAACCCGAGGGCGAAUCCGCCGCGAAGGCGAACGGCGAGAACAAACUCCCCGCACACGCCGUGAACUCGAAAAGUUCACGCGCGGAGCCGGAGACGGAGCGCCGCUGUCUUUUCACAAUAAUCAUUACCACGUGUAAUGUCACAUACCCUGCUUUGACAUAUCGAACGCGCCGUCGCCACGCCCUCCAUCACCUCCACACCUUCACCGCGGUGUCCCUCCCGCACGUGACCAGCAUCCCCCGCAUCCCCGCCGUCGAUUGCCCAUGCGAUGUGAAAAACACCUGA